GCCGCUCCCCCACCCGCCAUGGCGGCCCCGGGGGGCUCCGAGCCCGAGCGCGGCGCGGGGGGGUCCCCAGAAGGGGGGUCCCCAGAAGGGGGCUCCCCAGAACAGGAGGGUUUCUUCUCGCUGCUGAGCUCCGUGCAGGGAACGCGCAUGGACGAACAGCGCUGCAGCCUGGGGGGGGGCACCGGAGGGGCAUCGGAGCCGCCCCCCCCCGAGCUGGCAUCGCUGCUGGACAUGGUGGCGAGCACGCAGGGCCGCAGGAUGGACGAGCAGCGCCUGCCCGUGCCCAGGCUGCCCGGCUUUGGCACGGGGGGCACGCAGGACUGAGAGCCCCGGACACCCCCAGGACCCCCCAGAAACGCC